AUGUUCCUAAAGCAGAUCGACCUGACCACCGCCCUGCGGCCGGCCUACCUCCCAGAUGAAGUCCUUCUCUUUGUGCAAGAUAAUGUGGGGUUAUACGAGGGGAAGUAUAAGCUUCCGAACCAGCAGAAUGGACAGGUCUACCUGACAUCUCAUCGUGUUUGCUAUGUCGACAGGGCAGAUCCGAGAAAGUACUCCGUAGCUCUCGACUUGAAGGACGUCGAGCGGUACGAAUUCUAUGCCGGCUUCUUGAAGUCUUCAGCAAAGGUCACCUUGAUUCCGAAACCAGCGAAACGUGCUGCGACGGGCCUGGAAAAUCCGGAAAGUGUGAAAAUAUCUUUCCGUAAUGGUGGUGAGAAGAUAUUCUACGAACGACUUAAGGGGUCCAUGACGCAGCGGAAAUGGUUGCUUCAAGGAGCUCCACCGAUACCCAAAUCUAGCAGGUUAGGGGGAGAUGCGACGUCAUCAGCCUCGUCAGCAACAAACGGAGAGCCCCGGAAGAAGACCGUUGGGAUUGCAGGUCUGGAGCAGCGGGGGCUGGAUAUGCGUAAGAACAAUGAGCUUGUGAUCGGCAGUGCGUUCGAAGAUCUAGAGGCUUUGAUGGCCUCUGCCAAGGAGAUUGUUGCGCUUGCCGAGACCUUCUCAAGACAGUCGAAUGGCGGGACCGGCUCAUCAGAAGCGAAUGCUCUACUCGCCGAGUCAGCUAGCCAACUUGGGCUGAUCACUACAAAAGAUAUUGUCGGUGGUGGGAGCAGCAACGAGUCGUUGUACUUGUCAGAACUCGCGCGGAACGUUGCUGAAUUCCUGACGGACGACGCGAGAGGCGUGUUGAGGAAAGCAGGCGGGAUCAUAAGCUUGGUCGAUCUCUGGGCGAUGUUUAACCGCGCGCGUGGAGGUGUAGAGCUUGUAAGUCCAAUGGACUUUGAGAAGGCGGCUGCCCUCUGGGAGAAGUUGAAGUUACCAGUUCGUCUAAGGACUUUCAAGAGUGGAGUGAUGGUCGUCCAAGGUAGAGACCGCACUGAUGACACAACCAUCAAGACCCUGCUGGCUUGGCUGAGAGACUUGCAUGAUUUCCCGCCCGAGCGAGAAGUGCCAUGGGAUUGGCAAGAGUUUGGCCGAGGUGUCACCGCUCAGGAUGCUGCAGAAAGAUUUGGCUGGAGUAUUGGUGUCGCAGAAGAAGAGCUAGAAAUGGCAGAAGAACGAGGCGUUCUGUGUCGAGAAGAAGGCAUUGAAGGCUUGAAGUUCUGGGAGAACUACAUUGACACAGGCGAGGGUCGCACAAGAAAGGAUGAGGCGACUGUCGAAGCGGAAAGGAUUGUCAAAGCAUUAAAAGACAGCGGGUUUAUAUGA